GGGCGGCCGGGCUCCGCAGUCGGUCGAGUCCCCGGUUAUGGCGGUCCCCGGGCCCGCGCCCGGAGCUGGCUCCAGGCCCAAGUUAGAUCUGCAGUUUCUGCAGCGGUUCCUGAAGAUACAGAAGGUUUUGUUUCCCUCUUGGUCAUCACAGAAUGCCUUGAUGUUUAUGACCCUUUUGUGUGUGGCCCUACUGGAACAAUUGGUGAUCUACCAGGUUGGCUUGAUCCCCAGUCAGUACUAUGGAGUCCUGGGAAACAAAGACUUGGCUGGGUUUAAGGCUCUGACAUUACUGGCUGUCCUGCUCAUCGUUCUCAACUCCAUGCUGAAGAGCUUUGACCAGUUCACCUGCAACCUGCUGUAUGUGAGCUGGAGGAAGGACCUCACUGAGCACCUCCACCGCCUCUACUUCCGGGGCCGCGUGUACUACACCCUCAACGUGCUGCGGGAUGACAUCGAUAACCCGGACCAGCGCAUCAGCCAGGAUGUGGAGCGAUUCUGCCGGCAGCUCAGCAGCAUGGCCAGCAAGCUGAUCAUCUCCCCCUUCACCCUUGCCUACUAUACUUAUCAUUGUGUCCAAAGCACAGGCUGGCUUGGGCCUGUGAGCAUCUUCGGGUAUUUCAUCCUGGGAACCUUGGUGAACAAAACUCUGAUGGGACCCAUUGUGGCAAAGCUGGUGCAGCAGGAGAAGCUGGAAGGGGACUUUAGGUUCAAGCAUAUGCAGAUUCGGGUGAAUGCUGAGCCUGCUGCUUUCUACAGAGCGGGGCACGUGGAGCACAUGAGGACAGACCGCAGGCUGCAGAAACUCCUUCAGACCCAGAGGGAACUGAUGUCCAAGGAGCUCUGGCUGUACAUCGGCAUCAACACCUUUGACUAUCUGGGCAGCAUCCUGAGUUACGUUGUCAUCGCAAUCCCCAUUUUCAGUGGGGUCUAUGGAGACCUGAGUCCCACAGAGCUCAGCACCCUGGUCAGCAAGAAUGCCUUCGUGUGUAUAUACCUCAUCAGCUGCUUCACCCAGCUCAUCGACCUCUCCACGACGCUCUCGGAUGUGGCUGGCUACACGCACAGGAUUGGGGAGCUGCGGGAGACCCUGCUGGAUAUGUCCCUGAAGUCACAGGACUGCGAGAUCCUGGGCGAGAGCGAGUGUGGCUCGGACUUGGACCCGGGACUGCCAGCAGCAGAGCCGGCAGACAUUGCUUUUCUCCUGGAGCAGGUCUCCAUCUCUGCCCCCUCCUCCGACAAACCACUAAUCAAGGAUCUGAGUCUGAAGAUCUCCGAGGGGCAGAGCCUGCUCAUCACCGGCAACACGGGCACUGGCAAGACCUCCCUGCUGCGGGUUCUGGGUGGCCUCUGGGCGAGCACACAGGGCUCAGUACAGAUGCUGACGGACUUUGGGCCCCACGGGGUGCUGUUCCUGCCACAGAAGCCGUUCUUCACUGAUGGGACCCUUCGAGAGCAGGUGAUAUAUCCCCUGAAGGAGAUCUACCCGGACUCAGGUUCUACUGAUGAUGAGAGGAUCAUGAGGUUCCUGGAAUUGGCAGGCCUGUCCAGCUUGGUGGCAAGGACAGAGGGGCUGGACCAGCAGGUCGAUUGGAACUGGUAUGAUGUUCUGUCCCCAGGGGAGAUGCAGAGGCUCUCUUUUGCCCGGCUCUUCUACCUGCAGCCGAAGUACGCAGUGCUAGAUGAAGCCACCAGUGCCCUGACAGAGGAGGUGGAGAAUGAGCUCUACCGUAUUGGCCAGCAGCUGGGGAUGACAUUCAUCAGUGUGGGACACCGGCACAGUCUCAAGAAGUUUCAUUCCUGGGUUCUGAAACUCUGUGGAGGAGGAAGAUGGGAACUGAGCAGAAUCAAAGUGGAAUGAAGUCAGGGAUGUGGAUGGCCACCGGAAGGAGGGUCAAGCUUGGGCAGGUCAGCAGUGCCCGGGAGAGACCAGGAGGACUGAUGGCACAGAUGAGCCCCACAUUCACCUCUCAGGUCCUGUGCGGGAGCCCUGGCAGCAGUGGGCUCAGCCUCCAUGGGGGACCCUGAGUCUCCCCAGGGCUCCUUCUGCAGCCUCAGCCAGAGCCUUCAUAUUUUUGAAGUGCUGAUUACUUACAAAUUACUUCAGAUCAUGUUUGCUAAAGAAACUUUGAAAGUGUGGGAUCUCUAAGAAAUGAAGUAUAAAGAUGGAAAGAGUGUUGGACUUGGAGUCAAGAGAUCUUUUACUCUUAAAUCAAUUAAAUUUUGUAAUAGAUUUUUAACUUUAA